CCCAAGUGUUCAAUCAGAAAAGUGUUGAUCAUCCGCGUGAGAAGAUCUCGCGAAUCCUUCCGCCGAUUUUGACGUAGAAAAGUGCAUCAGAAUGCUGGACGACAGUGUGAUAUUAACUCGAUCUUCGGGUGUUUCUGCCGAAGGCGUCAAGGAUCAGUAUGCUGACGGAAAGGCGGCCAAAGUGUGGGAGAUCUUCAUCGGUGACAAGCGCUCAAGGACGGACAAUUACAGGAAUUUCCUCGUGAAUCUCCUGAAGAAGCACGGCUGCAAGAGAAUCCUCGAUGUUGCGUGCGGAACUGGUGUUGACUCCAUUUUGCUGGUGGAAGAGGGCUUUGAGGUGGUUUCCGCCGACAUUUCGGACAAGAUGCUGAAAUACGCGCUGCAAGAGCGCUGGGAGCGUCGCAAAGAGAAGGCCUUCGACAAUUGGGUGAUCGAGGAAGCCAACUGGCUGACGGUGCCUCAGGAGCUCGGCCACCUGAUCGGCGACGGAUUCGACGCUGUGAUUUGCCUGGGAAACUCCUUCGCGCACAUGACGGACUCUUAUGGCGAUCAGCGCGAUCAGAAGCUCGCGAUCGCGAAUUUCGAGCGAUGCGUGAAGCCUGGCGGUCUUCUGCUGAUCGAUCAUCGCAACUACGACAACAUUCUCAAGACUGGAAGCACGCCGUCCAAGUGCAUCUACUACAAUAAUGAUCACAUGUCUGACAUCAAGACCUCCGUUCUCUAUGUGGGCGGAAAAGCCACGCAGGUCAUUCUGGACUACUCAAUCAGCAACGGCAACGGCGAAACGAGUGAAUUCCGAUUGUCUUACUAUCCGCACAAGCUGGAGGUCUUCAAGCGCAUUCUGGAGGAAGUGUUCGGGAAGAAGGCAAAGUACGACAUUUACGGUGACUUCAAGCCUCUGACUGAGACUGCGACUCCCGGAUUUUACAUCCACGUUGUCCAGAAGGCCAAAUAAUUGCCGCUUAAUGAGCUUCACGUGAAUUAAUCGCACUUUAUUAGAUAACUAUGGCAUAGAGUUGGGCGAUUUUCUUACAUUUCAACCUUCACGUCAUUUUUUUUUAUAUGCAAAAAUAGAGAUUUUUAUAAAGAGGAAAA